AGGAAAGGCCGGGCGUUUUGAUCUCUUCUUAUACAACGGCGGAAGGCAUGUCUAGUUCACCCAGGAGAGAGGGAGAUGGCGAACGCGGGGAGGGAGGGAGGGGGAGCGAGAGAGAGAGCUCGGAUGGCUGCAGGAGCAUCGGAAGUAGAGAUUUUGAAGCCCCGUUGCGACAAACGAGAGUACAGGAGGAUCGUUCUCCCAAAUUCUCUGGAGGCACUCAUAAUCAGCGAUCCCGAAACUGAUAAGGCGGCCGCUUCGAUGAACGUCUCAGUUGGCUCGUUUAGCGAUCCUGAUGGCCUCGAGGGUUUGGCUCAUUUUCUCGAGCACAUGCUUUUUUAUGCUAGCAAGAAGUAUCCCAUUGAAGAUAGUUAUUCAAAAUUUAUCACAGAGCAUGGUGGUUCCAGAAAUGCAUAUACAGCGUCUGAACACACAAAUUACCAUUUUGAUGUAAAUGUUGAUUCCUUUGAGGAAGCCUUGGAUAGAUUUGCUCAAUUUUUUAUCAGUCCUUUGAUGUCUCCUGAUGCUACCCUUAGGGAAAUAAAAGCUGUUCAUUCUGAGAAUCAGAAGAAUCUACUCUCUGAUGUUUGGCGAAUGUCACAGCUCCAGAAGCAUUUAUCUUCGAGAAACCAUCCAUAUCAUAAAUUUGGUACAGGCAAUUGGAACACGUUGGAGGUUCAACCAAAAUUGAAUGGCUUGGAUACAAGGCUUGAACUUCUUAAAUUUUACAAGAAGAAUUAUUCUGCAAAUCUGAUGCACCUUGUUGUUUAUGCAAGAGAGGGUCUUGAUGCCAUCCAAAGCCUGGUUGAACAGAAGUUUUGUGAUAUUCAAAACAGUGGACAAAAUUACUCCUAUUUCCCUGGUCAGCCUUGCUCGUCUGAACAUCUGCAGAUUCUUGUAAAGGCGGUUAGGAUAAAGCAAGGACACAAACUUAGGGUCGUUUGGCCAAUUGCACCUAGCAUUCGGAACUAUAAAGAAGGUCCUUGCAGGUACUUAAGUCAUCUUAUUGGACAUGAAGGAGAAGGAUCUGUCUUUUUCGUUCUGAAGCAAUUAGGAUGGGCAUUAAGUUUGGAAGCUGGGGAAGGGGAUUGGAGUUUAGAAUUUUCCUUUUUCAGUGUUUCUAUUGAACUCACUGAUAAAGGUCAUGAGCAUAUUGAAGAUAUUGUUGGGAUAUUAUUCAGAUAUAUUGAUCUUCUGCAGAAUUCUGGAGUAAAUAAAUGGAUUUUUGAUGAGCUUGUGGCAAUCAGUGAAACACAGUUUCACUAUCAAGACAAGAUCUCCCCAUGCCGUUAUGUUGUGAAUAUCGCAUCAAACAUUCAGAAUUUUCCACCUGAAGAUUGGCUUGUCAGAUGGUCAUUGCCUUCAAAUUUUGUUCCAAGUACAAUUCAGACGAUAUUGGAUGAACUGACCCCAGAAAAUAUCAGAAUGUUCUGGGAGUCUAAAAACUUUGAAGGAUGUACAGACUUAGUUGAGCCUUGGUAUGGCACUUCUUACAGUGUUGAAAAAGUCCCAGUUUCUAUAAUCAAGCAAUGGAUAGCAAAAGCUCCUGAAGUUGAUUUGCAUCUUCCAAAACAAAAUGUAUUCAUUCCAUCAGAUUUGACAAUAAAAAAUGCUCAGGAGAAGCAGGUUAAGUACCCCAUUCUCUUAAGGACAUCAAGUUUCUCAAGAUUGUGGUAUAAACCUGAUACGAUGUUCUCAAUGCCUAAAGCUUACAUCAAAGUUGAAUUUAAUUGCCCACAGUCGAUCGUUUCUCCAGAAGCUGAAGUUCUUACUUAUAUUUUUACAAAAUUACUAAUUGAUUAUCUAAAUGAGUACGCAUACUAUGCCAAAGUUGCUGGUCUUUACUAUGCCAUAUACAACACUAGAAUGGGAUUUGAGAUGAAUUUGCCAAGUUCUCACAAUAUCAAGAAUCACUCGAGUCUUCAUCUUCCUUUAUUAUUGCUAUUGUUGAUUCAGGUGAUUGUGGUGGGUUAUAAUGACAAGAUGCGAAUCCUCUUAGAAACUAUAGUUGGUAGAAUUGAGCAAUUCGAAGUGAAGCCUGACAGAUUUUUUGUGAUCAAGGAGUCUAUUACCAAAAAGUAUGAGAACUUCAAAUUUCAAAAGCCAUUUGAGCAAGCACGGCACUAUUCUUCAUUGUUGCUGGAGGACAACAAGUGGCCUUGGAAUGAAAAACUUGAAGUUCUCCCACAUCUAGAAGCAGACCAUCUUUCUAAAUUCUCAAAUAUUUUAUUGGAAAAGGCAUUUUUAGAAUUCUAUAUUGCAGGAAACAUCGAACCAAGGGAAGCAGAUUCAAUUGCUCAGCAUAUUGAGGAUAUAUUGUUUAAAUCUACUCAUUCUAAGUGCAAACCUCUUUUCCCAUCCCAGCAUCUUGCAAGCAGAAUUAUAAAGCUUGAGGAAGGUUUACGUUACUACUACCCUACUGAAGUCUUCAAUAUUAAAGAUGAAAAUUCUGCCCUGAUCCAUUAUACUCAGAUACAUCAAGAUGAGAUCAAGCUUAAUGUUAGACUUCAAUUGUUUGCUCUAAUAGCGAAGCAAGCAGCAUUCCAUCAGCUUCGAACAGUUGAGCAACUUGGUUAUAUAACCAUGCUUACGCAAAGGAAUGAUUCAGGCACAAGAGGAGUGCAAAUUAUAAUUCAAUCUUCAGUAAAAGAUCCACUAUACCUUGAGGCUAGAGUUGAUGCUUUUCUAGAAAAGUUCGGCAGUAAACUUCAUGAAAUGACAAACGAAGAAUACAAGAACUACGUUAAUGCCCUGAUUGAUAUGAAACUUGAGAAAUUCAAGAACUUGUGGGAGGAGUCUGCAUUUUAUUGGAGAGAAAUUGUUGAUGGGACUCUCAAGUUUGAUAGGGUAGACUCAGAGGUUGCAGCAUUAAAGGAACUUGACAAGGAUGAACUGAUAGAUUAUUUCAACAAGUUCAUCAAAAUCGAUUCACCGCAAAGAAAAACACUGUGUGUCCUAGUCUACGGCGGCCCCCAGACUGCUGAAUACAAGAAGGUGAUCCAACAGGAAGAUACGCCCAAACUUCAUCGGAUCAAAGAUAUAUUUGCCUUCAGAAGGUCAAGGCCCUUGUUUGGUUCCUUUAAGGGGGGCCUCGGCCUCACGAAACUAUGAGCUCUUUUAAGAUGAACAGCAACCACAAAGCCUCCCCAUUCGAACCUCAUGUUCUCGUUUCUUAAUCCAUUUUCUUGUGAUAAUCUUAUAAACAAGUCAAUACCGACUACCAUCUCAUUUCCCAUUCAGAUCCCCGCAGGGAAUGUAAUAUACAAUGACACCAACAAAACACCUUUCCACUCUGUUUGAUUGUUUAGGAUGCAGUUAAGGGAUUUCCCACAAUGUUCGUAGGUGUGGAUCUUGCUAAGUGGUAAUAUAUUUUGGGUUUCCGUACGUGUAUAUUCUAGUGUGAUACAUUGUAGUGCCUGCUAGACCAAGACUUCUGGAAAAAUAGAACAAUGUGCUCCUAUCACAAGGAAACUUAACAAAUGAGAGAACAGUAUAGAACACCCUAUGGUUGGCCUCGGACCAGGAAUGUAAGGAAUAUAAUGGAAUUGUUUUAUUUAUUUAUUUGUUUAGUGGAAUAAGAUGAGACAAUUCAUGCUUA